AAGGUUUUGUUCGGUGUUACCGAGCAGUGCUGUUAUUUUAUAUUUAGGUGGUGCGGUAGCGGUGGUUGUGGUUGUAUGCGUCGGAUUCCUCUUAGUGCUUCUGGUAAUCGGUGUGCUGAAAAUGCGUGAUACGCCACUUCCGAGACGGAGGCGCAGCCGAAGAAGCGCUGAGGGAACAAUGGAAUGGGAUGACAGUGGUAUGAAUAUAACGGUAAACCCACUGGACGAAGUUAACAAAACUGGUGCCGAAUUCUCCGAUGAAGACGAAAGUUCGGACGGCGACGAAAGCUUUCAUGAAGAAGGCCUUACAGAAGACGAAGAAGAUGCCGGCCAUGUGCUUCCUCAUGUUGAUAACGGUUUGUUGAAAUUUUUGCCUCCGCGGUCCCAGCAUCCCAAGAAAAAGUGA